AUGACCUGCGGCUCGGAACCACAUUCUCAAACUGAUUACAUCUACAAAAGCCAAGUCAAAUUGUUUUACCGGUCGACCGACCUAGGUGUCUGGUCGAUUGGAUCCAAGCUGACAUCGAUCCCAGCCCCAAAGAUUCUCAAGGAUUGGAAAGGAGGCGAUCAUAGCCUGAUGUUGAUGGAAUGUGUUCUUGGCGAGCCACUAAGCACUGCCUGGCGGAAACUCUCUGCGGAGGAGAGAGAAAACAUCGCAAAACAAACAGCGGAUUAUCUGCUCCAACUUCGCGAACUUCAGUCCGAUUAUCUUCAAAAGAUUUGUCCCCGCGGCCCAUUCGCUUCAGAUGAAGAGCUUUGGAAAGAAAUGGAGGGUGCAUUGCAUGACUCUGUUCCCGAGGCCGUGCGGAGACUACUCCGACGCCGGAUGCCGCCGGUUACGCCGUAUACCUUUACCCAUGGGGACCUUAGCUACGGCGAUAUCGUGGUAAAGGAUGGCCCUGUUACUGGAAUCAUUGAUUGGGAGACGGCCGCGUACAUGCCUGUAUGGUAUGAAGUGUGGAGGAUAUUGUUGCGCAACUGCAUGCCUGAUUAUGAUGUUGCGUACAACCUAUGGCACCAUUAUCAGUAUCUUUGUCUCGAUUCAAUCCUAGGGGGAAGGCAUCCCAUCGAUGAAGCCUCACGUUAG